UGGACAUUUCGGGUAUCACUGCUUUUAGGAAUUACUUUGGCUUCUGUAAUUGCUGUAGAUACUAUAGCCCUCUGUAUAAUGUCUGACUGGGAAGGCAUCGAGGCACAAAGGAACUCAGCGUGGCUUUGACUGGGGUUCAGAUUCCCCUACUUGUAGUUGUGUGACCAGAGACAAAUGAUGCCCCCUUCCCGCCCCCCACUUAAAUCUCCAAGACGGUCCCCGUUUGUAAACUGGGCAAACCGGUGAUCCUUUUUCUCUUAUAACUGCUGGGACUGAGGAGAGUAGGAAACUCGGGACGUAUACGGGCUUCAUUGGGCGUAGUUCCCCGAUUUUCCUUUUGCGGGGACGCCGGUCCGAGGGAAGGCCGGGCGACCCAGCAGUUCAGUCUUGCCCCCUACAAACUGCUCCCCGCCCCUUCCCCUGCUGCAGCCACGCUGGGGGGGGGGCUCAAUUUCUGUUACGUCAGUGCGCGCAGAGCCAAUCCCCCUGACUGGCAGACGUUAGCUUAUUUGCAUCCGCUGCCCUUCAUUGGUCCGUUAGGCGAGCCAGACCCGCCCAGUUUUUUUUAAAGCCGCCGUGUAUAAACAAGGAGCUACCGGGCAGCAGUGCCAUGAUGUCAUUGCGGCGCAGCAGCUUGGGGAGCUGACGUCAUCUCCGCGAAGGGGGCCGGCCCAGCGUUGUUAGGGACAUCCAAACCUCUAGGCUGGUUCAAGAGGCCUGUCCCCACCCCUUGGCCGCCUAGCUCUAGCUCUUUGCACUUCAGUGGCUGGGACGAUGCUCCAUCCCCAAGGAGAGGACCUUGGCACAGUCGGGGGCUCUUAGAGGGUCGAGGGUGCCCUCCCGCGCCCUGCCCAGCUUCGCUGCCCUCGAACGAGAACAAAGGAGUCAACGUGUGGCCAGGCAGCCGAAGGGGUGUGAGCCCCAGCCCAGUCCCUCCAACCCCUGAUGCGACCAUGGGCGGUGGCAGUGACUAGGUGGCCCCCCUCUGCACCUGUGGGUCAGCGGCGAUUCUCGGCAGGGCCCGGAAGUGUCCCUGGCCAGCUCCGGCACAGCCUUGGCCGUGAGGGCCCCCUGGCCGGCCCGCCUGCCCAGGAUGAGCGCUUACCCUCCCAGCAGCUGCCGCCCCGACCACCUCACCUCUCUGUAGAGGAGCAGCGCCGAGCCUCGGCUCCUGCCGGCGGGAGCCCCCGGAUGCUGCACCCAGCCACCCAGCAGAGCCCGUUCAUGGUUGAUCUCCACGAGCAGCCCGCUGGGCCUCCUCUUCCACAGGUGCACCAGGGGCCCGUCCCUCUGUCCUACACAGUCACCACCGUGACCACUCAAGGCUUUCCGGUGCCUUCGGGCCAGCCCAUCCCUGGCUGUAGUGCCCAGCAGCUCCCAGCAUGCUCCGUGAUGUUCAGCGGACAGCACUACCCUUUGUGCUGCCUCCCACCCCCGCUGAUCCAGGCGUGCACCAUGCAGCAGCUCCCAGUGCCCUACCAGGUCUACCCGCCCCUCCUCUCCAGCGACCACUACAUCCUGCACCCGCCACCGCCGCCAGCCCCGCCUACCCAGCCUCCCCACAUGGCGCCGCUGGGGCAGUUCAUGUCACUGCAGACCCAGCACCCGAGGAUGCCCCUGCAGCGGCUUGACAACGAUGUGGAGCUGCGGGGGGACCAGCACCCCCUGGGGAGCUUCACCUACUCCACCUCUGCGCCUGGUCCCACCCUCUCUCCCUCUGUGCCACUGCACUACCUGCCGCAUGAGCCACUGCCCCAGGAGCUGCCCUUCGGCAUGCCAUAUUCCCACAUGAUGCCGCGGAGACUGAGCACCCAGAGAUACCGCCUGCAACAGCCGAUGCCACCACCCCCGCCGCCGCCACCACCACCACCUUAUUACCCCAGUUUCCUGCCCUACUUCCUCUCGAUGCUGCCAAUGUCACCCACCGCCAUGGGGCCCACCAUCAGCCUGGACCUCGAUGUGGACGAUGUGGAAAUGGAGAACUAUGAGGCCCUCCUGAACCUGGCAGAGCGCCUGGGCGAUGCCAAGCCUCGAGGCCUCACCAAAGCCGACAUAGAGCAGCUACCAUCCUACCGCUUCAACCCCGACAGCCAUCAGUCGGAGCAGACGCUGUGCGUCGUCUGCUUCAGUGACUUCGAGGCACGGCAGCUGCUCCGGGUCCUCCCCUGCAACCAUGAGUUCCAUGCCAAGUGUGUGGACAAGUGGUUAAAGGCCAACCGGACAUGCCCCAUCUGCCGGGCAGACGCCUCCGAGGUGCCCAGGGAGGCCGAGUGAGGCCUCACAGCUGUCCAGGAGAGCCCUGCCCAGAGCUCCGGAACCUUGGGGGGCGGGACCCCAGGAGGAUGGGAGGGAGUUCCCGAGCCUGCCCCGCCAUCCUGCCUGCCUCUCCAGAGCUGGUGCCAGGGUCAGCCCUGAGAGACGCCCCUGCAAUAAGCCCCCUGCAUUUGCCAAGCUCCAAAGACUCCUUCCCCGAUCUGCCUGCCUGUCCUCUCGCCAUGGGGGCCACUGCCUGCCUGUCCUCUCGCCAUGGGGGCCAUCCGAGCCUCCCCCCGCCUUUCUCCAGUUUGCCUGGGGCCUCUCUCUUCCUCCUUGGCCCCGGGAACCAGGGCCCCUUCUCUGACGCUGGUGGGGACGGUGGGCUUCAGCAUGGGCAGCGGGGCCCCUCCUGGAUCACCUGGUCUCUUGCACUGAAGUGGCGUCCCCUUGACCCAGUUGGCGCUGGAGAGCGCCCAGGCAGGUGGGCGCUAGGCCAUUUCCUGAGCCUCUGGCCGCAUCUUCCCACCUUGGUCUCAGGCAGACUCAGGCUGCUGAGCUGGAUGGUUCUGGCUCUGAGGAGACCCUCACUCUGGCCACAUUCCACUCCCCUGACCCAGGCUGGAGGGCACAGAGCCCACCCGCCUCGCAGACAGUAGGCAUGGCAAGGGGUCAAGGUCCCUGAGGGCCACUCCUGUCGGCCUCCCUGCGCGGUCCCGCCUGCCUGCCCGAGCCCCUGUCCUUGUGCAUGAAUGUGAGGAGCAGCAGUUUGCGUUUAUUCAUUUGGCCCAAAAUUGCGUAUAGGAUUUGGGGGUGUGGAUUUUAAAAACUCUUUUUUUCCUUUUGGUUUAAUGUGGGGGGGGGUAUAGGAACCACCCAGGACCGAGUGCCCCCAAGCAGGGAUGCCCACCAGAGCAGCCCGGCCUGCGUGCAUGUGAGCGGCUGGGGCUGGGCCGGGCGGGCGUACGGGUGGGGGUCUGUGCUCAGCUGAAAACUGCCAUGCACUGUACUGCACAUGUACCCAGAGCCGACCGUGACAGCUCGCUUUUCAGGGCAUUUCCCUCCAACCAGGGCCCGCCUCUCACCUGCCAGGGCUUCCGGAGGACAGGGACUAAGGACCAAGGAGGGCAUGGCCCCCUUCCACGGGGCCCUUUCCAGCCUCUGGGCCCUGCUCUGCACGGUCUGGAGGGAGGGGGCCCUGGAGGGUCUGGCUGAGCUCCCCCAACUCCCGGUCCCCACCCCCAUCUAAGCCCCUCCCCCCGCUGGGGUAGCUGCCCCAAUGAACGAACCGCGUGUGGGGCCGGCACAUCCUAGCAGGCAGCCCCUGGCGCCUGCUGCCUCAGGGAUGCUCCAACCACCCUCGUUCUCCCUGCAGCCGCCCUGGCCCCCCACCCCCACCCAGCCCUCCUGGGGCCCCAUCAGCCUGGCCCCAGCCCUGAGGAGAACCCAAAGUCUUACUGUAUAUAACUCCAGGUGACGUUUCUAUAUUUAUAGCAGUGUUGAAAACCCACGUGUUUUACACAGAGAACCACCCGCUCCAACCCCCCUCCCUUCCCCACUCCAACAGAGGUUUGCAGAAAACCCUCACAGCUCCUGGGGCAGGCGGAAACGGGCUCACGCCUGCAUGUCCUGUCGGCUCGGCUGCAGCCACGAUGCCAACGAGCAGCUACUGGGGGAGGGUGGGGCACAACAUUUAAAGAAAAAUCAUUAAAAAAAAAAGAUUUAUAAGACAAUUAUUUAGGAUGUUUGUGAUUUGCUGAUCUUGCUAUAGAUGCCAUGUUACCAAUGAUUUCCUGUGGUGGGGGCUUGUCGUUGUUUACUCUGAUUGACCGACUUCUGGCCUAGGCAUGACCGUGGGCGCCGCCCCAGCCCUGGCUGGGUCCAGCGCCUGUGUCGUGUGUUGGAAAGGUUUUAUAUUUAUAUAUAUACAUAUAAUUCUAUGUGUGUAUAUAUAUAUAUAUGUAAUGGGGGGCCCUAUUCCUUGCACAUUUUACAGUUACCUCAUUUUUCCCAUGUAUGUAUUUGAGAAAAUGCUAAUAUAUAGAGAAAAAAAUGGUUCUUAAAGCUUAAAUGUGUGGUUUUUUCCAUUCUAUUGGAUUCACAUUGGUUUGUAGCAUUUAACAUAACUAGUAUGUUGUAUUAUAUAUAUGUGUAUACUGAUUGAAAUUUUUAACAGAUUUGUACUUUUUUUAAAAUGAAAGUUGCUAGUUCUGCUUGACCAAGUAGUGCAAUCAUUAUUUUUUUUAAUAUUGUUGCUGAUUUCAGAGGGAUAUUCACUAAUAAAUGUAUGAUGUCUACCGAG